GAAGCUAAAUGAAUUUAUAAAUGUUAUACGUCAACUAUAAACAUGUGCAUCGAAGUUUGGUUUCACUAAACUACCUGAAAGUGUUUUCUUCUUACUUUGCUAUAAGUUAGCUGACAUUUAAAGGCGAAGCUAGCCACAAUUUAAGCAGCUUGCAAUAGCAACGUUUUGAGCUGAGCGGUAAUCAUAAUCGGACUAUGUAAUUUAAAGUGUUACAACGCUAGUGGCCGAAGCCUAGUUUCACCAUGUUGUCCGAGCUUUUACAAGGCACCGAUGUUGGAGGUUUCCUGCUAAUUCAAGAUUCAUGUAGUUACUCUGGACGACAUCUCCUAAAGAGCUUCAUUGAUGCUGCCUUGAACAGGGAAGAGGUGGUACACGUGCUUGGAUUGGAUGUGAGCGAAGAAGAACUGAAAGAAGGACUGAAAUCAUUCGUUUUUCAGAGGCUGCACUUUCACGACGCUUAUGCAGAUCCUCUUGGGUGGACGGAUAACUCGCCUUUCACAGUCCACCAGUUCAGCUCGUCCAGACUCACAGAGCUGUUAAAACAAACGGCACCAUCCAAACCAGCUACAUUAGUGAUUGAUUCUCUUUCAUGGGUUUUGAGGCAUAUUAGUCCAACUGCUGUCUGCCACACACUGCAACAACUCAAAAAAGGGGGAGCUGUAAGAACUAUUAUAGGCUUGCUUCAUGAAGACAUGCAUUCAAGGGGCAUUGUGGGAAGUGUCUGCCGCUUGGCCACUUCAGUUAUUACUGUGGAGCCUGGAACAAAGGGGGAAGAAGCACUGGCAAAAAUAACAAAACGCUCAAAAUCGGGGAAGGUUACGCAAGAUGAGCAGAUAUUCAGCAUCAGAAAAGAUCUGACAGUCACUGUCCUGAGCAAACCUACCAAUCCUGGGCACAAACGAAGCACCACAGAAGAACAGGUGGAUCCAACAGCUAACUUAACAUUCAAUCUUCGACUGACUGAUGCAGAGCGUGAAGCCAAGGAGAAGCUUGCACUACCUUUUGUCUUCAGCAAAGAGAAGAAAACCGCUCUGCUUCACUCCGGCCCAGGGUCCGGAAAAAUUCUGUAUGAGCCUGAUGCAAGCGACGACUACGACCAGGAGGAUCCUGAUGACGAUCUUGAUGUUUGAGUUCAAAGAAUAAAACCCAAAGAUAUCAGUC